AUGGAGGGCCCGGGGGUGCCCCCGGUCGCUGGGAGCUGCUGGCAGGACCCGCUGGCCGUGGCGGGCACGGCAGGUCGGCCCGUGUGCGCGGCCCGGGGGCGCUCCGGUGGGCCGCGGGCGCUGAGCGUCGUGUGCGUGCUAGGCCGGGAGCCUGCAGCGUGCCCGGCGCUGCGCUGCCUGCGCGACGCCUGCCGCGACGUGCGGGCCCAGCUGCACACGGUGCCCUUUGGCACCCUGGCACUAGGCGACACCAGCACCCUGGACUGCUUCUACAACGCAGACGUGGCCGUGGUGGAGAUGAGCGACUCCGUCUGCCAGCCCUCGCUCUUCUACCACCUGGGCGUCCGCGAGAGCUUCAACAUGACCAACAACGUCCUGCUGUGCUGCCACACGGACCUGCCCAGCCUGCAGGCCCUGCAGGAGGACAUCUGCCAGAAGAACUCGGACCUCUGCGGCAGCUACACCUUCAUCCCCUACAUGGUGACGCCCCAGAACAAGGUGGUCUGCUGCGACGCCAGUGCCGCGAAGUGCCUGACGGAGCUCUUCCAGCCCAGCUUCAACGCGGAGGGCUUCUUCGCCCCGCUGGCGGGCCGCCUCGCCAAGCUCCUCGAGGGCGUCCCCACCAACUCCUGCGGCUAUUACCGGGAGACGAUCCGGCGCGACAUCCGCCGGGCCCGGGAGCUGUACCGGGGCGAGCAGCUCAGCCAGGAGCUGGCCCGCAUCCAGCAGCGCCUGGACAGCGUGGAGCUGCUCAGCCUGGACAUCGUCAUCAACCUCCUGCUGUCCUACCGCGACGUGCAGGAUUACGACGCCAUCGUCGAGCUGGUGGAGACGCUGCAGGCGCUGCCGACCUGCGACGUGGCCGAGCAGCACAACGUCCGCUUCCACUACGCCUUCGCCCUGACGCGGCGCAACCGGCCCGGGGACCGGGAGAAGGCGCUGGCUGUGCUGCUGCCCGCGGUGGAGCGGCGGGAGGGGGCUGCGCCCGACCUCUUCUGCCUCUGCGGCCGCAUCUACAAGGACAUGUUCAUCGGCUCGGGCUUCACCGACACCGAGACGAGGGACAGGGCCUUUUACUGGUACAGCAGAGCCUUCGAGGCGGAGCCCAGCCUUCACUCGGGCAUCAACUCCGCCGUCCUCCUCGUGGCCGCCGGGCACCGCUUCGAAACCUCCGCGCAGCUCCGGCAAAUAGGCGUGAAGCUGAACUGCCUGCAGGGCCGCAAGGGCAGCCUGGAGAAGCUGCACUACUACUGGGACGUGGGGUUUUGCCUCGGCGCCGGCAUCUUGGCCAACGACCUGAGCAAAGUCAUUCAGGCUUCGGAGAAGCUCUACAAGCUCAACGCGCCGGGCUGGUACCUGGUGUCAGUCAUGGAGACGUUCCUGCUCUACCAACACUUCCAGAAGAGCCCCCGGGUGAAAUCCGCCCGGCAGGAGCUGGCUGACUUCUGGCUGGGUUUCCUGCUGGAGGGCUGCCGGCCCUUCGUCCCCGCGCAGCGCUGCCCGGUCCUGAUCCUGGCGCUCAGCAAGGUCCUGCAGCCGGCGCAGGUGGCCGUGCAGAGCGGCGCGGAGGAGCCGGCGGUGACGCUCGGCCUCGUGCGCCCCUCGGACGAGACAGCGGUGUCCAGCUGGACCUUCGCGGCCGCCGCCAUCCGGGGCAUCAGCAUCUGCAAGCGCGACGAGCGGGGCUGCUUCCUCUACGUGAUGCACCCGGCGGAGGAUUUCCAGCUUUAUUUCCCGUCCCAGCAGCACUGCCGCUGGUUCUGCAACCUGGUGCAGUCGUUCCUCGCCGAGCAGGCGGCGGGCGGCGAGGAGGUGCCCAGUCCCACGCAGCCCAUCCUGGAGUACAGCUACGAGUACUCGGAGACGGGCGAGCGGGUGGUGCUGGGCCGGGGGACGUACGGGGUCGUCUACGCCGGGCGCUGUCUCAGCAACCAGGUGCGCAUCGCCAUCAAGGAGAUCCCGGAGCGUGACAGCCGGUACUCGCAGCCCUUGCACGAGGAGAUCGCCUUGCACAAGCACCUGCGGCACAGGAACAUCGUGCAAUACCUGGGCUCCAUCAGCCAGGGCGGCUUCAUCAAGAUCUUCAUGGAGGAGGUGCCGGGAGGGAGCCUCUCAUCCCUGCUGCGCUCCAAGUGGGGCCCCCUGAAGGACAACGAGCCCACCAUCGUCUUCUACACCCGCCAGAUCCUCGACGGGCUGAGCUACCUCCACGAUAACCACAUCGUGCACCGAGACAUCAAGGGAGACAACGUCCUCAUCAACACAUACAGCGGCGUGCUGAAGAUCUCUGACUUUGGCACCUCCAAGCGGCUGGCAGGGAUCAGCCCCAGUGCCGAGACCUUCACGGGCACCCUGCAGUACAUGGCCCCGGAAAUCAUCGACCAAGGGCCGUGGGGCUAUGGGAAGCCAGCAGAUAUCUGGUCCCUGGGUUGCACCAUCAUCGAGAUGGCCACGGGCAAGCCCCCUUUCUAUGAGCUGGGCAGCCCCCAGGCUGCGAUGUUCAAGGUGGGCAUGUUUAAGAUGCACCCCGAGGUGCCCGAGUCCAUGUCGGACAAGGCCAAGACUUUCAUCCUGCGCUGCUUCGAGGCCGACCCGGCCAAGCGGGCAACAGCAGCCGCGUUGCUGCGGGAGCCCUUCCUCGCCUCGGCCGGCAGCAGGAGGACCAGGAGCCAGGCGGCGGCAGGGGGCAGCCCGCGCGGGGCAGCGGGCGAUGCCCCCGACUCCGCACGGCCGGGCGGGGACCCGGGGGGCACCGAGGGGACCCAGGGACGUCCCUCGGUCACGCAGGGCACCCGAGCGGUGGGCGCAGCGGGCAGCCCCCUGCUCCCGCGCUGCUCCAGCAACACAGCCUCCAGCCACAGCUGUUUGGGGGCUCCCGAGGACUCGGCCGGCUCCGACCUCAGCCUGCGCUCGUCCUCCCCCGAGGAGAGCGGGGACCUCUUCCUGCUCCGCAAGGACAGCAAGCGCCGGGCCACGCUGCACCGCAUCCUCACCGACGAGGCGCCCGGCGUCGCUGCCGCCUUGGAGGAGAGCCAGAGCGCGGAGGGCCCGCGGCUGGGCUCGGAGCACAUCGCCCAGCUGCUGAGCUGCCUGCGGAGCUACAUCCAGUGCCCCAACCAGCACCAGCUCCGCCAGGACCUCCUGGCACUGCAGGCCCGGCUGCGGGUGGACGGGCUGAGCCUCCGCCACCUCCACGCUCCCCUCUUCAACUUCCAGGCGGCGGUGAGACGGUUCCUGCGCCGGCAUCACAUCAAGCCGCACUGGAUGUUUGCGCUGGACGAUGCCGUUAGCCGGGCAGUGCAGGCGACUUUCACCGUGCUCGUGCGAGACCUGGGAACGAAGGCCAGUCGGCUGGGGGGAGACCGCGCCAAGGACACGAGUGACGAGGACGACCUCGUGCCGCCGAGGCUGGCCGGCCACAGGAGCCGUCCCCGGCGGGACAGCGCCAGUUUGGGAGUGGGCACCAGCUCCAGCACCCAGACGGGCCCCACGUCCUCGCUGCUGGGUCCCUCCCCGCUGGUGGCACAGCUCCGUCACCUCCGCGUGGAGACGAGCAGGCUGCUCCGGGAGCUGGCCGCGAAGGAGCAGGAGUGGCAGCGGCUGGUGCAGCAGGUGCUUCGCCCAGCGCAGGAGGACGCCCCGGCCCCCUGCCAGCCCCCGCCCCACGGGCACCGCGGAGGGGACGCCGGGGCGGCCGCCAUGGGGGCAGCCCCCGGGACCCGGCGAGGGUCGGGCAGCAUCGCUCGCCCCGCCGGCGCGGCCGAGCCCUGCCAGGGGCAGGCGGACCCCCUCCUCGUCGAGUGGCUACGGCGGCACGGCACGGACCAGGCCACCGUCGCCACGCUCCUCCAGCACGGUUUCACCCUGCGGGACCUGCUGGACUGUGCCACCCGCGACGACCUCUUCUACACGGGCAUCAGGCGCGGGGCGGCGUACCGCCUGUGGGCAGCCAUCCUGGAGCAUCGCCGCACCCUCGCCCAGCGGGAAGCGGAGUGAGCCCGGAGCGCAGGGCCGUGCUGGGGACCCGGGCGCCUCCGCGCAGCCCGCCGGAGCACCGGGGCUGCCGUCCCGGGGGGGCAUGGCCGCACGCGGCCCCGACGGAGGGCACGGCCCCGAGCCAGGAGGCCGGGAGCAGCAGGACGCAGCCGGGCGCCCGAGGGAGAAGCCGGUACCCAGUGCCCCCGGGAAUAAAGAGCUGCC